AUGUCUCAAAAAAACAUCAAAGACACGCCAACCAUUCUACUGGGACGCCCAUCAAAUACCCUCAAGAUGGGGAUUGUGGGUCUUCCAAACGUGGGAAAGAGCACUUUUUUCAAUGUGCUAACUCGCAGCUCCGUUCCUGCUGAAAACCGCCCAUUCUGCACGAUUAAUCCAUCAGAAAAUAAAGUUGCCGUUCCAGAUGCUCGUUUUGAUUGGUUAUGUGAGAAAUACGAGCCUGUAUCUAAAAUUCCGGCCUAUUUGGUUGUCAUUGAUAUUGCUGGACUGGUCAAAGGUGCCUCCAAAGGCGAAGGCCUAGGAAAUGCAUUUCUGAGCCAUAUUAAAGCCGUUGAUGGCAUAUUUCAUAUGGUUCGAACCUUCGCUGAUGAUUCGAUUGAACAUGUUGAGGGAGACGUGAAUCCAAUCCGCGACAUGGAAAUCAUUCAUGACGAGCUUCGCUUGAAAGAUGUCGAGUUUCUGACAAAACAGUUGGAAAUUGCAAAAAAAAAUCUGCGUGGGCAUGAGCAGGAUAAAAUCAAAAAGCUGGAAUGUGAUACUAUUGCAAAAGCUUUGGAAACCGUUACCUCUCAAAAGGACAUAAGAGAAAUCGCCUGGAAUAACAAGGAGAUUGAAAUCAUCAACACACUGCAGCUAUUGACUGCCAAGUCAAUGGUGUAUUUGGCGAAUAUGACGCCUGAUGAAUUUAUAAAAAAGAAGAACAAAUGGCUUCCCAAAAUGAAGGAGUGGAUCGAUGCCAAAGGCAUAGGAGACACCCUUAUUCCAUUUAGCGCCGCUUUGGAGGGUUCUCCAGAAGAACUACCGAAAGGAGUCCAUUCUACCCUUCCAAAGAUCAUUAAACUGGGAUACCAAGCACUCCAGUUGCAAUAUUAUUUCACGUCUGGAAUUAAGGCCCCACAGGCAGCAGGGGUCAUUCAUACCGAUUUUGAGCGAGGAUUUAUUGCUGCAGAAGUUAUGGCAUUUGACGACCUUCGCGAGUGUGGAACAGAGGCUGCGGUAAAGGCCGCCGGUAAAUACAUGGUCAAAGGCAAGGAUUAUGUCGUUAAUGACGGUGAUGUGAUAUUUUUCAAAUUCAACGUUACUGGAAAAAAGAAAUAA